GCGGUGGAAGUCCGGCGAAGGUGUCCCCGUGGCAUCGCUCCCCUCGCUCGCUCUGCCCCGGCACUUGUGGUUCCGCCUGGCCGCCGGUGGCUCUGCUCGCCAGGCCAGCUCUUCGCUGCCUCCCCGGAUCUCUUAGUCUGAACCCCGGUGUGUGCACUACUAGAGGCACACUAAAGGACAAAAAAAAAAAAAAAAAAAAAAAAAAAAAAAAAAAAAUCCCUCUAAGAAUGAAACAUGACUGACGAAUCUCAGAGGAACUUCCGUUCAGUCUACUAUGAGAAAGUCGGGUUUCGUGGAGUUGAAGAGAAGAAAUCACUGGAAAUCCUCUUGAAGGAUGACCGUCUCGACAUCGAGAAGCUUUGUACGUUUAGCCAGAGGUUCCCUCUCCCGUCCAUGUACCGUGCGUUGGUAUGGAAGGUGCUUCUAGGGAUCUUGCCUCCACACCAUGACUCUCAUGCCCAGGUGAUGGCCUAUCGCAAAGAUCAGUACUCCGAUGUCCUCCAUGCCUUGACAGUCGUUCGCUUCAUCAAUGAUGCCACCCCUCAGGUCGAAGUGUAUCUCCGCAUGUAUCAGCUUGAGUCUGGGAAGUUGCCUCGAAGUCCCUCUUUUCCGCUGGAGCCAGAGGAUGAAGUCUUUCUUGCCAUUGCUAAAGCCAUGGAAGAGAUGGUGGAAGACAGCGUAGACUGUUACUGGAUCACCCGAUGCUUCGUGAAGCAGUUAAACAACAAGUACCGGGAGUCUUUACCUCAGCUGCCCAAGGCUUUCGAACAGUACUUGAAUCUGGAAGACAGCAGGCUGCUGAGUCACCUGAAGACGUGUUCUGCGGUCUCCAAACUUCCUUAUGAUCUCUGGUUUAAAAGGUGCUUUGCAGGAUGCCUGCCCGAGUCCAGUUUACAGAGGGUCUGGGAUAAAGUUGUAAGUGGAUCCUGCAAGAUCCUAGUUUUUGUAGCGGUAGAAAUAUUAUUAACCUUUAAAAUAAAGGUCAUGGCAUUGAACAGUGCAGAGAAGAUAACAAAGUUCCUGGAAAAUAUUCCUCAGGACAGCUCAGACGCCAUUGUGAGCAAGGCCAUCGACUUGUGGCAGAAACACUGUGGGACCCCAGUCCAUUCAGCCUGACAGCUCGUGACGUCAUGGACAGUCUGCAGGCCCUCCACGAGCACCUCAUCCAUGUCACUUGGUCUACUAACUGGUUAGAAAUAGUAAUCUUGCUGUGGUGCUCAAAAUGCAACCCCCCCACCCCCAGUAAAAAGAAUUUAAUUGAAA